AUGUCGCCCUCCUCCGUUACAUCUACCUCUUCCUUCAUCUCGAGUUCUGACGAUGAUUCACUUAAAGGCAAAUCUGUUUCUCUCGGCGUGGGCGAAAAUGAAGGUUCCGCGUACAGGGCAAUCGAGAUCACCCCAAACGAUACCGUAAUAGAGACCGAGGACCGUCACAGGCUCCCGGGAGUCCCACUGUGCGAGGCGCGCAAGCUCAACGCUCUGAGAUCAAAGAAAGAAGAAGAACGGGAAGGGAAGCAUGGGUUAUUGUCGAGUUCGCCACGUAUGGAUGAGACGUCUCCGCACGUGGUUAUUGACGCGGCGAAAGGUAAAAUCAAACGAACAGCUGGCAUAGGUGGGGAGGAAGAUGAAACACAUACGAAUAUAGAACGUGCGCCAGCAUCAACCAAUCCAUUGUUUCCACCUUUGCCGGUUUACGGACCUGCUACGCCCCUGAGAAGACUGCAGUGUAUGUUUUUUCGCGUUACGAGCGGCGCUUUAUCACUUUCUUUUCUUGGUGUUAUUGUGGCAGGGUCUAUCGCAAAGUCAAUACCGGUCUUUGUAUCAAACGCAAUCAAAAACUUAAAGGGAGUAGAUCCGGACGCAUCACGCCCAUUCAACGAAAUUGAAAAGGAGCGCGCCGAGAAACGGCGGCUUGAAGAAGCGGUGUGGAGGAGCCAGAAGAAAAACUCACUAGACACCCUUGGCGAGGCCGAGAUCGGCGGGAGAGGAGCAAUGAAUAGACAGCGUACAGGCGGCAAGGAUAAGCUGUUAUGUGAUGUCGGAUAUUAUGCUAGAAGAGUUGGGCUCGAGCUUGAAGAGUUCCAGGUAGAAACAGAGGAUGGUUUUCUUAUUGACCUGCAACACAUAUUUGACCCCGAUGAUCCACCGUACUAUCCUGGCGAGGUCGGCGAGGGCGGUGCGAGGGUAGGGAGAAAGAAGUAUCCAGUGUUGCUUAUGCAUGGACUUUUGCAGAGCUCAGGAUCAUUUUGUGUUAAUGAUGAAGAUAGUUUGGCGUUUUACCUCUGUAAAAGUGGUUAUGAUGUCUGGCUUGGUAACAACCGUUGCGGUUUCAACCCAUCACAUACUGUCUUGAAAUAUAGCGACCCCCGUAUGUGGGCAUGGAAUAUUAGGCAAAUGGGCAUUCUUGACCUCCCUGCAUUCAUCAAUCAUAUUCUAGCCCGUACGCACUUCAAGAAGCUAGGCCUCGUCUGUCACUCGCAGGGAACAACACAAACCUUUGUAGCUCUUGCCAAGCAACAACGUCCCGAUAUCGGCGAAAAGAUAACUGUAUUCUGUGCUCUCGCCCCUGCGGUCUACGCAGGCCCACUUAUUGACAAGUUCUACUUCAAGUUCAUGAAGAUCAUCCCACCAAGUAUGUUCCGCAUAGUUUUUGGGAUACAUGCAUUCAUUCCGUUCAUGUUGACGAUGCAUUCCACCGUCCCCGCGAGUAUCUACGGCGCUCUCGGCUAUCGCGUGUUUUGGUUCCUGUUUGGCUGGAGUGAUCGACUCUGGGACCGUGGGCUUCGUAGCCGUUUCUUCCAAUUUGCGCCUGUUUAUGUCUCGUCUGAGACACUUCGCUGGUGGUUGGGCGGAUUUGCUCGCCACAGGUGUAUUCUCUCUACUCACACUGAAGAAGAAGAAGCUGCUCUUGAAGAAGCAGAAGAAGAACAAAAGCGUCAAUCCGCCCUUGCGAACGGGGAAAGACCUAACGACGAUGGGGGGGACGAACAUUCUCCAGCGCCCUCUGCUUCUUCAUCAUCAUCCUCAGUCGGAGGCGGUGCGUGGUAUGAUUCGCGUUGCCCUCCAAUCGCACUUUGGAUAGCGGGCAACGAUGACCUUGUUGACGGAGCGAGACUGCUGCGGAGAUUUGAUAAGGGUAAGGAGCCGGAUGUGAGGCUUGUUCACAGAUCCGUUAUUGAGGAAUACGAACAUCUCGAUGUCAUUUGGGCGAUGGACGCGGUGGAGAAGGUUUUCAAAGGCGUUAAAGAGGUCAUUUGGGAAUGCGCAGAAGAGGAUGUGAAGGGAAGAGUAGUUGUGCCAAAAGGGUGCAGUCCAUGA